AUGUUGGCACGAAUCUUCACAACCGGGUUAUUGGCAAGCCAGGCAACGGCAGGAGCAAUAGGAAAUGGCGGACUCUUCGCACGAAAAGAUCAUUCCAUGGAGGAGGUGAUGCGACGAUAUGUUGAUUCGAUCAUCGACCCCAUCGAACGAAGACAAGAAACCACCGCUCAAAUCCCAACCAUGAACAUAACGCAAUGGGACGAAGCCACCACCGCAGCAUGUACCACCUCCCUCGAAGCACUCAACGGGCGACCAAGCAACCCCUCGGGCAUGGCAGUCUGCUACAACCUCCCCUUCCUCAACGAGACAACCGGUAUCUUCCAGGCGGAUCUACGACUAUACAUGGUCGGCGCCCCAACGGGUGAUUUCGCCAACAUCGCAUCGCAGAAUGUAAAUGUCGGACUCUCAUACAGCGGCGCCACGGUACAAGCCAUCAACGCCACGACCAUGACGAAGCGUUCCGAUGACUCGAGUCUGAUUUCCUGGCCCAGAGCUGUGGAGAUGAGCAAGAGACAGACGCAAGUCCCGCAGCUGGCGCAGGCAUAUGCGUUUGUGGGACAGGUGAACCGCGAGUUGCUCGCUACACCGGGCGGAACCACAUCCCUCCAAAACAUCCUCGUCCCAACCGUAACCCUCACAGCCAUGAACGCCACCGGCCAACUCGUCAACACCACCUUAUCGAGUCAAGAAGCAACCUUCGUCAACGGCGUCUUCGCCACGCAAGUCGUGCCCACCAAAUCCCAGGUCGCGCCCCCGAUUCAAACGCUCGUUAUUAAAGACGGCUCGACUUUCGUGGUGCCAGGGCUGAAUAUCCUGAUUUUUCCCAUUGGAGGCAUCAUCACGGGGACGUGGGCGUUGCUGUUUGUGGGGGUGGUGGGGUGGGGGACUGUGGGGAGAAUGCAGUUUCGGGAGCAAUACAGGAGGAGGAGGGAGAGGGCGGCGGGGGGGAAGGCGAGGAUUUAG